AGGGAGUGCGAUUUGGGACACAGCCCACGGUUCAACAGAGGAUGCUGCUGCUGCUGCGUUGGGGAAAAAAACAUUAACCGGAUGGUGUCAAGUUCACCUUCGGUUGUGUUUUUGUUAUGACUUGAAGAUCAACAACAGCUAUUUAUAUAUUAGAUUUUAAUCCGUUUUCAUCGAUGAAGACUAAAAAGGAACCCAGGAGGAAGCGGGAGAAUGUUGAUGCGGCUCGAGGACGUCCCCUCGUCCCGCUUGGUGGUGUUGGAUCAGGGCGAGAGUCGAACCCAUUCCUGAGGACUUUGGUGCUCUGAGAGUCAACGUACCUCCUCAGGAAAGUGGCUGGAUGAUGAUUGCGGCCUGGGUGUCUGACUCCUGGUGGAGGAAAACCCUGUAUGUCAGCGGAGGAGCAUUGCUCGCUGCUGCUGCUUAUAUCUUCUACGAGCUGCUAUCCAUCAAGAAGGAGCAGGAACUCGACUCUACAGACGCUAUCAUCCUCCACCAGUUCUCCCGACCGGUUCUUUCUCCGAGUCUUUAUCCGCUCUGCCUGAAGAUAGAGACCUACCUGAGAAUGGUGGACCUUCCUUAUCAGACUCACUUCGACGGCCGCCUCUCUGCUCAGGGCAAAAUGCCGUGGAUCGAGUACAACCACGAACGUGUAUCUGGGAUGGAAUUUAUCAUAGAAUUUCUGGAGAAGAAGCUGGGUGUGAGUCUCAAUAAGGGUCUGAGUGCGAAGGAAGAGGCCAUCGCUCACACCAUCACUAAAAUGGUAGAUGAACAUUUACACUGGAUGAUAGCGUACUGUCAGUGGGUGGAGAACGUGGAUGAGACUCGCCACAUGCUGGGUAUGUGUGAGCUGCUGCAGUGGAGUGUGUGUGAGCUGAACGGCAGCCUGGUAAAAAGGGAGAUGUACUGCCACGGCACUGGCCGUUUCAACACACACCUCAUCCACACACUGCUAGAGAAAGACCUGCGCACUCUCUCCACGCUGCUGGGAGAUAAGAAGUACAUCAUGGGCUCUAAAGUGUCCAGUGUGGACGCUGCAGUGUUUGGACAUCUUGCUCAGGUCAUGUGGACGCUACCAGGAUCCGGUCCAGAACAGCUCCUUAAAGGUGAGCUGCCGAACCUGGUACAUUACUGUGAGCGGAUCCGGCGGAAGUUCUGGCCCGAAUGGGUGCUAGAUUAUGAGGAAUUGUAUUCAGAGAUGUGUACGGAUUCUCCAACGCAACACAGUCUGUUCUCCUGCGCCGACACACUGGACGAGAUGGACACACACGCUCUUUCACCCAAACGUUCUCCAGACACAGACUCCGGACGCUCUAUCUCCGACUCUGACAUCGAGGUGGACGAAUCAGGUGCUGAGCUAAAGGUCAAUGCUUGAAAGACAUUUUACGUGAGUGGAUUUUUUUCGGAGAGAAGAGGAGUUCCUGAUGCUCACAUGCAAUUUAUAUCAUAGCUUUGUAUGUGUGUGUGGUGUGCGUGUGUUAUGUGUGUGUGUGAGAUGUGCAUGUCACAAUGUUGUUGUUUUUUUAAAGCAUCAGGAUUGAAAUUCUUUUGUGAGAGUAAAGUAAAAGACAUUAUGCUCACUAUAAUGGAACCCUGUCACGUAAACACAGUGGGCUCUGUGUAUGUGUGUAUGAGUUUGUGUGUGUGUGUGUGUGUGUGUGUGUGUGUGUGUGUGUGUGUGUGUGUGUGUGUGUGUGUGUGUGUCCACAUGUGUGCACCAGGAUUUCCUGAAUACACUUCAUUCACUCAUUAUAUAGUGUGUACUGAGAUGCUGUACAUAUUAGGCAUCAGUUACUUGCUGAAGUAACUGAUGUGUGUUUCUUUCCUGCCAGUGACAAAAAGGUUUUAUCCCUUAACCAGUUAUUUAUUAGAAGUGGGUAUUUAUAAAUGUAUGUAUUUUUAAAUUGAUUGAUUGAUUGAUUGAUUGAUUGACUGUUUAAUUGUACAAAUGUGUGUCCUGUCUGUUAUUACCUAACUGUAAUAGAGGGAGAGAAUUAAAAUGAAAUUCUAACACACACACACACACACACACACACGCACACACACGGAGAGAAAGAGAGUGUGUGUGUGUGUUUAAAUUGUUCAGCUUUGCAAUUACUUUUCAUAACCACGAGAUGGCGCUUUGUCACUUCUUAUUAAAUACACUUUGUCACUACGUAUUAAAUUCCUUUUUUCAAACAUUGCAGUCUAAUGUAAAUGUUCACUCCAUUUUCCAAUUUAAAACAGCUAAAAGUUUAUUAAGGAGACACGAUUAGAUGCACAAAAUCUCUUUAUCUUAUUGUUUUAUGGAUUGAUAGCUUGCUAGUAAUCAGCACACGGGUUAGCAAACAAACUCACGAUGUAUGAAAGUACUGUAGUACCUUGAACGACAAACCUAAAAAUUAUUCUCAGAUCUAACGCUGAAACAUAAACUGUAUUUACAAUAUUUUAACUACCAUAUUAUCUUGUGCCACGGUCAUAGACGCAACAUGCAACCUAGGUGGCAUGUUAGCAAUUUUUGCUAACUUGCUAACCUCAGAUAGCAGAUGAUACAAAUUACCUGAACUCGAACCCAGAACGUAACUUUAUUUAUUGAUCAUCUAUCAAUCUAUUUAUUGAAUGAUUGGGUAGAUAAUGUGAUUAUUACUUUUUUGCUAAAUCAUUUUGAACAUUUUUCAAGAUGCUGGGAUGAUAAUAAGAAGUGAACAGAUGUGAGUGGGUGUAUAGCUAAUGCUUAACAGUAGCUGAGGGAAACGCAACAGUUUACAUUGAAAUAAACAAUAUAAUAUAAUUUAAAACCAUAAAAAUAUAAUAUAAUAUAACAUAACAUACAGAAAUUCACACCGUUGUAACGAUAAACGUCAAUGAUAACAGGCUAAAGAUUUUUUUUAUGUCUUCCUCGGUGUCUCUAUGUUAUGUUCACUGACACGUACGUUGGCUCUGUCUAAUUUUCUGUACAUUGUAAAUAAAAGAAAUUCCCACGGGGUCGUUUGUUGUAUGCCGUC